AAAAUUUGGAAGACUUGUUCAGUCCAUAGACGGCCAGCGAACUUCGAUCUACGGUACAGAGCCAUGCUCUAUUGCAAGCUCUCCCUGUAUAUAUAUAGGACACUGCAUAAAUCUUUCUCCACAACUCUUAGACUCCAUUACUCGGAACUUGUAUUCAACUUAUAAUUCUUUUUCCUCCUAUCAACGCAUACAACUUUGAAAAUGGCUGCUAGCAAUAUUCUCUUGUUAGCACUUGUAGCUCUGCCGUUUACUGCUAGCUUGGCAUCUGACCAAAGCCCUCUUCAAGAUUUCUGCGUUGCAGAGAAGACAAGUCCAGUUGUAGUGAAUGGUUUGGCCUGCAAGGAUCCCAAGCUGGUUCAAGCCGAUGACUUCUUCUUCAGUGGACUCGAGACAGCAGGUAACACAUCAAACCCAUUUGGAUCGAAGGUGACACCGGUGACUGCAGCCCAAGUUCCAGGGCUAAACACUCUUGGCAUCGCCUUGGCCCGCGUCGAUUAUGAGCCGUGGGGUAUCAACCCUCCCCACACGCAUCCUCGUGCGUCUGAAAUUUUAGCAGUGCUGGAAGGUAGCCUCCAAGUUGGUUUUGUCACGUCCAACCCCGAAAACCGCCACAUCACAAAGGUUCUGCAGAAGGGUGAUGUGUUCGUAUUCCCCAUUGGUCUCGUCCACUACCAGAGAAAUGUUGGAACUACAAAGGCCGUUGCCAUUGCAGCUCUGAGCAGUCAGAACCCUGGUGUCAUCACAAUUGCGAAUGCGGUGUUUGGGUCUAAACCAGAAAUUGCAAGUGACAUUCUCGUGAAGGCUUUCCAAGUUAAUAAGGACGUUGUCGAUUACAUCAAAACUAAGUUCUAGACAAGCAAUGAAGUACAACUGGAAGAAGAAAGAUCAACUCCUCCAACCUGUUUCUUGAAGUUAAGAUGUAUAACGUAUAUUAAUGUUGGUUCGUUCGUUUGCUUUUUUCUUUUUCUUUGUCAGAACAGUGUGAGGAUUAAUUUCCGUAAUAUUGUU